AUGGCAACGGAUCGCGUAGUGUGUGGUAGCAGCAGCGAAAUCGAAAGAGGAGAAGAACAAGAAGAACAUGACUCCGAAGCGAGGCUCUUGCGCGAUAGGUUCAGACUCUCCGCAAUCUCCAUCGCCGAAUCCGAAGCACGUAAGAGUGGCAUUGAGAUAUCGAAAGUCGUAGUCUCUUGCGUCGCUGAUUUGGCAUUUAAGUUUACAGAGGGGCUGGCCAAGGAUCUUCAGAUAUUUGCACGGCAUGCGAAUCGUAAAUGUGUGAACAUGGAAGAUGUCAUACUUUCUGCUCACCGAAAUGAACAUAUCUCUAGCUAUUUGAGGAGUUUCUCCAAUGAUUUAAGGGCCAACGCAUCUGAAAGGAAAAGAACGAAAGAGAUCAGGAAGAAUGACAAAACACCCAUCUAA